AUGGAAGAAUUCACUAUCCCAAAAGAAGAAAAAGCAGAUAUUUUGCCUAUAUUCACAAUGUUUUGAAAAAGUAAGGAUGCAACCCCUAAUAAAAAGAAUUCGAGUUCAAGGACCUCACAUUUGACAAAUAAUUCUGAUGAGCUUCCAGGGACUAUGAAUACUGAAGAAGAGCAAAGAAAUAACUUUUUAAAGCUUAAUAGCAAUGGGCUACUAGAUGAAAAAGGCAAUCUGCUAAAUGAAGUUUCUCCAGAAGAAUCGGAAAAUAAUCCCCAGCAUAUCUCAAUGCAUUUUGUGGGCACCCCUUCAAGAUCCGCAAAAUAUUCAAUGCGAGUUGUCAAAGAGCCUACAAAAGAAGACUCAUACCAUGACAUUCUCCUUAAGUCAGCAAAUGAAAAUAUAUUAAUUGAAAAAUUCCAAUCAGAAAAAAGAGAAUUAAAAACGAGCAAUGCCAAAGAUAUAGAAUUUGCCUUACCUAAUUCUAUGGAAAGGCUUAAAAUAGGCACCAAAGUCUGGAAAUAUCAUUAUAAUAAACCAACUAAAAAAGAAGUCCAAAUCAGACUAAGGAAUGAAUAUUUUGAAUACUUAAGCAGACAAACGUGGGUCAGAAUUUCUGGCAAAUUCAUUUAUGGGAUUCUUAUUGGCAACGGCGGGUCAACAUUUAAAAUCUAUAAUGAAUUUGCCAAAAAAAAUAAAUUGGAAAUAGACGAACCAACAAAUUGUUUUUCAGUUAUGACAGAAAUUCGAACUUAUGAUUUUUCAACCCCAAAUGAUAUUGUUAGAUAUGAUUUAUGCAUUACUUUAAGCUGGCUUGGAAGUUUGCAAUGCAAGAUUCCAACCUCUUUACCAUUGACAAAAAGUAAUUUCCAUUUAGAAUUGAUCACUUUCAAAGUUAUCAAAAUAAAAAUUGAAAUUUCAGCCAAAGAAAAGUCCUUGUCCAUUGUAGAACUAUUUUUAUUGGCAAUUUAUAUAACAAUAAAAGAGCAAAAUAUAAUUUCAAACAAGAAUUCUUGUUUGAAUGAAAUUUCUGUUAUUUCAAAGAUGCUAUCUCUUCCAUAAGAAAAUGUUAAUUUUUUAAAUUGGGAUUAUAAAAAUGAUAAUAAAUUUUUAAUUUCCUAUUUAAAAUUUUUCACUUUGGAAAGGUUUUUUCUUUGAAGAAGUAUUAAUAUUUGAGUUUAAAAUAAGAUAUUCAUACUUAAUAUAUAAUUGCUGCAAUUAGCAAUAAAUUCUAUAGCAUAUCUAUAUAGAUUUUACUAAACAUUAAAUGGGGGAGUGAGGAGAAGGUUUACCAAUGAAUGUAAAUUAUUCAGGUUUAUCUUUCGAUCCACAGGAAGAAACUUUGACAGAACUGCGAGCUAUGAACAAAUUCGUGUUAAUUAUCUCAAAAUGAAUAGGUUCGAGAAACUGAAGAAAAAUCUGCCAGUUUCUGAUGCAAGGCAAGAGUUAAAAAGAAAAAAGACGUCUCUUAUGUCUUUUCUAACUCCAAGCAUUAAAUCACUAUUUAGAAAGAAAAAAGCUAAUGAAAUUGAUAAUGGCAGCAAAUCUACUUCGCCACAACAAAACUCGACACCACUUGGUGACUCGUAUAACAUUUAA